AUGCCCGACCAACAACCCCCAACAACAACACCAUGGCACACCGGCCCCCGGCCUCCUAGACCACCACUCACAACCCGGUUAGCCUCACUUGCCCACCCACGCCGUCUCUUUUCCCACUCAGCCACACGCACUCUGCUGGUAUGCACGGUGCUCUGGCUGCUCGCCUUUGCGUACGGCCGUGUGUUUCUCUGGCGGGACCCGAACAGCGCGUAUUUCCGCGCCGAUGAUGGGCGGGUGUAUGAGUUGGGGUAUUCGGCGGUAAGGCAGCAGCAGGCGAGGGAGUUUGUCGCGGGGGUUAGUGGUGGGGAGAAGAACGGUGAUGGUGGUGAGAAACCCAGCAAAGCUGGCCCCUCCCCAGCACUCUGCGCAGCCUUCAUCGCAGUACGCCGACAAGAAGUCGGCGAGGCAGCCCGGCUCUACACAGCCGACGCGAUCGGCUCCAUGCUCGCCGGUCUCGACCCCCGCGAGCGCGCCGCUCUCACCGUCAAACUCCUCUUCGCCAACACCGAACCCGCGCGCCAUCCCAGCUGGCACGCCCCCUGGGUCGACCCGCUAGUCGACGACGCAGACGGGUACCGCGGACUAACGGGGCUCACGACCGCGGGUUUGCGACAGGCUGAGGCGGACGGGGACGUGGCACUCAAGGGGGUGCAUGACUACCUGUACAUGCUGGAGCGGUGUCUGGAGGAGACCGAGGCGCCGUUUGUGGCUGUCUUCCAGGACGACGUGGUGUUCGCGGCGGACUGGAUGGCGCGUACCCUGCGCGGGCUGCAGUAUCUCGUGCGCGACCACACGCAGGCCGCGGGGGAUGCCCCCUGGCUGUACUUGCGGCUGUUCUACACCGAGACCAAUCUCGGAUGGGACGCCGAGGGCAGCUGGUGGUACGCCCACCUUCCCUGGACGCUGGCCAUCUCCUCUGCUGGGACCGCCGUCCUGCUUUUGUUCAUUCGUACCCUCAGCCUCUGCGGUCGUACCAGCAGCACCACCAGCCGCCACCGUCGUCCCGACCUGCCCACCAUCACCAUCCUCUCCCUCCUCAUCGCCCCGGCCUUCACCCUCCUCUUCUUCAUGACAGGCAAACACAACCUGCCCCUGCCGCACUACAGCCUCCACCACCCAUCCGUGCCCGCCCCGCUGAGCGCGCCGCAAUCCCCCCUCGCCGCGGGGGUCGUGCCGAUGGAUAGCAACGCGUGCUGUGCACAAGCACUGGUAUUCCACCGGCCCGCGUUGGAGGGUCUUAUUGCGAACUUGCGCUCGCGUGAGCGUGGCGAUGUGCAUACCAUGGUGGAGGAGUACUGUGAUGCAGAGGGGCUGAAGCGGUUUGCGUUGCGGGAGCAGGUGGUGCAGCAUGUUAGUUUUGGGCGGCGGGCUGGGCAGGAUGAUGCGGGGGAGAAAGAUAAGGAAGCAGCAGCAGAUAAAGUGUGGGCGUUUUGGUUUGAGACGAACCAGGCGGAGGCGGUGGAAAAAAGUCAUCGGAGGGUGCUUGGGGAGGUGGACUGGGGGAUGCUUGAGCGGUUGAGCGGUGUAAUGUCUAAUCAGUGA